AUGGAAGAACGGAUCAAACCCGUUCUCACUUUGAAUGACCGUGCCGGGUUACGACUUAUCUCCGGAGCAUCAAAACCAUGUAGCCUUAGUCUAUCGUCCAGCUGGACUGGUAGCACUUCUUCUGAAUGGUUUGAUUAUCUGCUAGCAGGGUGGGAUGCUGUUGUGGAACGGUUGAAGAUUGAGACGAUUGGCUUUGACAUAUUGGUAGAAGGGCAAUGCUUCAUCGACGGUCCAAAAGAGGAAAACACUCUUUCGGUGCUAAGCAUGUCCUAUAAAAUGGCAAGUGACACCCGAAACAACGCGAAAGAAGCUUUUCAAGCCGCAUUCCGGAAGGACUUCCAGGCAUUUCAUCCAUGCGAAGAACUCACCAGUAUUUGUGCUAACGCUGAACGAUUUAUCGGCAAACGAGGAGAAAAGUCCAUUUAUCUCACACAGGUAUUGGGCAGUGAAAAUAUGACUGUUCGCCUAGAUUACUUCCCACUUCGGUCGAGAUUGGUGAAUAUUCCUCAUAUUGCAGUAUUCGACAUGUUAAAUUCUGGAGAAAACGCCAGGGCUUACGGAUGUAGCACUAAGCCGGUGGAUAACGUGGCGGCCAGGUGUUGGAUCGCAGGCGCCUGCGGAGCUCAUGUGAGCGGAUGGACGGACACCAUGGUGACUUUGAUUAACGACAUUCGACCGGUGUUUCUUGGUGAUAACCUUAUCUAUCAUGCGUCCUCGUCAAAUGGAAUCUGUAUGGAAUUCUUGUGA